AUGUGGCCGCGCCCAGGAGACUCGCGCGACCUCGCUCUUCUUUCACGCCCGCAAUCCGCGCGCCCGCCCUCAGAAUUGGGGCGCGCGCCCGAGCAUCCAAGUGUGCCUUUCCCACUUCUUCCCUCCUCGAGGCGCGAACCGCGCCCUCAUUCAGAAGCGCGGCCCAAUUCGCAGCUCCAUGGUGCGAACAACGAAUUCCGCCCUUUUUCUCAACAACGCUCCAUGCUGUCGCUUGAAGCAUCUUUGGCCCAACUUUCCUUAGGAGCUGCUCCAGAGGCUAAUUUUCCAAAUACAUCAGCAAAUGCCUCUUUCCAUUCAGAGCGGUUGGGCCAAAUUGAAGACCUGUGUGCACCUGAUUUUGCACACCCACUUUUAUUGGGCGUACUUGCCCUUCCCUCGCGCACUUUGCACUAUCGGCCCAAAACUGCACCUCUCGGCCGUUUUUCGCCUGGCCCACUGGCGCCAAAGUUUGAUAAUCCCAUUGUCUCGUCUCCGUUGUGCCCCAUCGCUUAUGCACCAAAGACAGCUGUAACCCGGCCCCGAGCUCUUGUGGAAACACAAUAUUUGGUGGCACCUGGACUUGCGCCUAAUUUUUAUUACAAUCUAGUUUCUUGGAGCGCACCCAAGAAGGCUUUUGCCAUAGGCAUUGGCGAGGCUGUCUACUGGUGGGACGGAACAGGCGAUAUUGAUCGUCUUGGAAUGGUCGCUCUGGAUCUGAUAUCUUGUGUGGCGUGUCAUGGAAAUAUAGUAGCAGUUGCUUCGUGUGACGGUGCACUUUCGUUUCUGGGCGUGGGACGUCGCCUUAGGCGCCGAUUCGGUUCAGCAAUCCACUGCGUGCGGUUUCUUCCUCUUCCAAAUUUCCUAUUAGCAGGAACUGCUGCCGGCGAGGUUUUCUGUCUUUGUUUGCGAGAACGGGUGGAAAUAAUUUCUCGCUUGGAUGGCUUAUGCCAGCAAGUUUGUGGUAUGUAUUUGAAGAAUGUGUGA